AUGGAGAACAGAAGGGCGGUGGAUCAGAUGAGCAUCGAAAAUCAGGUGUUUGCUCGCGCCGAGAGGAUGGACUUCCGGGACCAUUGCGCGGAGAGGUUUGAGCUGCAGGCUGAUGGUGUUGAGGAACUGCUUUCCUGUUCUUUGAAUGAAAGCCAAAAUCUGGAGCUCAUUGUACUGAAGGUGAUGCAUCGCCCGGAUGAGUUCGGCAUCCCCUCGUUAUCAUCAGUCUUCCCAUUCCUGGAAGCGAUGUGCCCGAAAGAAGACCCGGCCUGGUGUAUUCAUAGCGCCCGACAGCUGGAUCUCUAUGACGCUGCAUGGGUUAUGAGCGACAAGAAGCAGAAUUCUACCCCCGAGGCGAAUCUAUCGAUGGUGUCUUUUAGGGGUAGAAUAUUUCUUGAUGUGGAACAUAUAGUCCGGAACAGAGAUUCGUUCUUUGUGCUUGUGUUGAUUCCGCGGUCUUGGGUGGUCGAGGAUAUCAAUGAUCUGGUUAUCAGGGUAUCUUCCCGGUUUACUGAGACCGAGAAACCUGUUGGAACUACCGUGAGUAGAGAACAAGCUGAGAGUAUACUGAACGAUGAGGAAUGA